AUCGCUGCUGUGGCCGCACUGGUACUUGGCCUUUACAAGCUUGUCCUAUACCCCUUGUUUUUCUCGCCAUUAUCCAAAAUCCCGACUGCCCACUGGAGUAGCCAUGUCUGUCCUCUCUGGAUAUACUACAUUCGCUACAAGAAUGUCGAGAACCAAACCAUCCAUGAGCUUCAUAAGACCAAGGGCCCUAUCCUCCGCACCGCGCCGAGCCAGCUCGCAGUGAGCUGUUACGAGGGCGGAUUGAAGACCAUCUAUACAGGUGGUUUCCACAAGACCGACUUUUACCAUAACCGAUUCAUCAACUAUGGAGUUGAUCCCAUGUUUGCCAUGUCUGGUAAACCUCAUUCGGAUCGCAAGCGCAUGCUCUCCCACGUCUAUUCCAAGUCCUACAUCCUAGCAAGCCCUACAGUUCGAGAAACAACGAGGGCCGUCUUGUUCGAUCGCUUUAUGCCCAUCAUCAAAUCCUCUGCCGAUUCGGGCAAGCCCCUCGAAGUCUUGGAAAUACUCGCGGCAUAUUCGAUGGACGCUUUCAUGACAUACCAAUUUGGGCUGUCACUGGGUAGCAACUUCUUGCAAAAUGCCGAAGAGAGGAAAUGGUACCUCGACACCUUUUACGUCAGACGGCCCUAUCUUUUCUGGACUACUGAACUCCCCAAGCUCACCUCUCAUUUACGCAAGAUUGGAAUCAAGCUCGUGCCGGAUUGGGUUGAACGGUCAACCAUUGAUCUCGAGGACUGGCAGAUGCGCUUCUGCGACAAGGCCGAGAACCUUCUCGCCGCUGAUACACGUAUUGCGGCUGAGGACAAUCCAGUCGUGUACGCAUGGGAGAGAAGCGCCUUCAAGAAGCAGGAUGGCAAGAACCAAGUUCUCAAUGGGCAAGCUUAUCCUCGUCGACUUGAGAUUGCGAGUGAUAUGUACGAUCAUAACGCAGCUGCCCACGAAACGAGCGGUGAUACCCUUACGUACGUUUUCUACGAGCUUUCCCGUCGACCGGAGCAUCAGGAUCGCCUUCGCCAGGAACUCUCCAACCUCUCACCUCCGCUCGAAUACCCAAACGCUCCAGACGAACUCCCUGAUCCAAAGUCGGUUGAUCAGCUCAGUCUGCUCGACGCUAUUCUCCAGGAGACCCUGCGUCUCUGGGUUGCUGUGCCAGGUGGCCAGCCGCGUGUUACUCCCUCUCCAUCAUGCACACUCGCCGGCUAUGCAAACAUCCCACCCGGAGUCCGAGUCCAGUCCCACGGUUACACAAUCCACCGCAACCCCGAAGUGUUCCCCGAGCCCGACGAGUGGAUCCCCGAGCGCUGGCUCAACCAGACCCCCGAGAGACUGUCCGAGAUGAGGAGAUGGUUUUGGGCUUGGGGCAGCGGAGGUGCCAUGUGCAUAGGGAGCAACAUUGCCACACACUCAAUGAAGCACUGUAUUGCUGGAGUUUACACCAACUACAAGACGACAAUUGUUUGCGCACCAGAUAUGGAGCUAGCCGAGGGGUUUACUGCUGGUCCAAGAGGGGGCAAACUGGAACUGAGUUUUCAACCUGUUUAG